CGCUGCCCCGCCCGGCGGGGGGAGGCGCCGGGGAGCGGCACCGGGCGGCGCGGCCAUGGCGGAGAUCCGCGUGUUCCCGCUGGCCUGCCCGGUGCAGAACUACUCGUGGGGCAAGCUGGGGCUGCAGAGCGAGGUGGCCCAGCUGGUGGCCAGCGGCGACCCCACGGCGCACAUCGACCCCGAGCAGCCCUACGCCGAGCUCUGGAUGGGCGCCCACCCCAAAGGCGACGCCGCGAUCCGGGACAACCGCAUCCCCCAGAAGACGCUGGGGCGCUGGAUCUCGGAUAACCCCGCCUGCCUGGGCGCCAAGGUGAAGGACGCCUUCCAGGGCCGCCUGCCCUUCCUCUUCAAGGUGCUCUCGGUCCGCACCGCCCUCUCCAUCCAGGCGCACCCCAACAAGGAGCUGGCGGCCAAGCUGCACGCCCAGUUCCCCCAGCACUACCCCGACGCCAACCACAAGCCCGAGAUGGCCAUCGCGCUCACCCCCUUCGAGGGCUUGUGCGGCUUCCGACCCGUCGAGGAGAUCGCCUCGUUCCUGCGGGCCGUCCCCGAGCUGCGGGCGCUGGUGGGCGAGGUGGCGGCGGAGCAGCUGGAGCGCAGCGCCAGCCACGACCCCCGCGGCGUCUCGGCCGCCCUGCGGGUCUGCUUCACCCGGCUGAUGAAGAGCGAGAAGAAGUCCUUCGUCGACCAGCUCAACACCCUGGUGCAGAGGAUUUCCCGAGAAGCGGCCGAAGGGCAGGACACGUCGGGGAGCAACGGGGACCUGCUGCUGCGCCUGCACUCCCAGUUCCCGGGGGACAUCGGCUGCUUUGCCGUCUACUUCCUCAACCUGGUGAGGCUGGAGCCCGGGGAGGCCAUGUUCCUGGCGGCCAACGAGCCCCACGCCUACCUGCAGGGAGACUGCGUGGAGUGCAUGGCGUGCUCGGACAACACGGUGCGCGCCGGCCUCACCCCCAAGUUCAUCGACGUGCUCACCCUGUGCGAGAUGCUCAACUACACGCCGGCGCCCAGCAGCUCCAAGAUCUUCCCGGCCGUGCAGAGCCCGCUGGACCCCAGCGUCUUCCUCUACGACCCGCCCGUGCCCGACUUCACGCUGAUGAGGAUAGAGAUUCCCUCCUCCAUCAAGCUGUACCUCGUCUCCGCCGUGGACUCGGCCAGCAUCCUGCUGGUGGUGCAGGGCACGGCCGUGGGCACCUCCACGGCCGCCGCCUCCGAAAUGGCCCUGCGCCGCGGCUCCGUGCUCUUCGUCUCCGCCAACGAGAGCAUCUCCCUGCGCCUCUCCUCGCCCGACGGGAUGCUGCUCUUCCGAGCCUGCUGCCUCCUCUGAGCCCGCCUCGACGCCCCGCGGUAGAUAGAAACCAAAGUAGUCCUGGCCGAUCGCUUGGAAGCCGCCCCCAAAGUGAAUCCCAAAGCCGCCCACCCCCGGUUUCGUGAGAGAAGCAGCUGGGCGCCCACCCUGCGCCUCCUGAGGUGACUUUUUGGGACGCGGGGGGGCCGCGUCCCCCUGGCGCCACGGCCCUCACCGGUGCUGCUAACGCCCUGCGGCGUGGGGCUGCUGCGGGGCUCCGGGGUUUUGGGGUUCCCCUCGGGACUGCUGCUUACCCCUGCCGAUGUGACGCUCGCUGAGGCUCCCCCCGGGGGGCAGGAGGUGUUGGGUCGGCCUCAGGUGGUGCUGGGCGUCCCCGUCCCCACGGGGGGCUUACGGGGUGCUGGGCCCGGGGGUCCUGGGGUGACUGGUGCUACUAAUAAAGCGGUGAUUUUGUCCUCAG